UCAACAAUGACACUACAAACUUCAAUAAAUGUCAACCACAAAAAAUUCCUUUCAAAUAAAAACUUGAUAAUAUAUCCUUAAAAAUUUACUCUUAAAUCAAAAACCUAAAAAGCCUAUAUUUUAUACUGUUUGAAAUCCUUGAGAUUUUCAUUUGCUUUUCGUCCCGUCCCAGAUUUCAAGGAAGUCAACACGCGAUUCCUUUUAAUUGCUCUGAAUAUAAUGUUCAUGUUAUAGUUAUUAAAAUUGAAAAUGAAAUGCGAUCCAGGAUGUCCACAGUAUGGGACACCAUGUGGCGAACGAAAAUUCCCGAAAAGUUUUACGGUCACUCCGGGGUACCGUCAAUAUCCAAAUCCCGGCAAUGUGGCGAAUUUACAUAAGAAGACACGAGAUAUUAUGCCUCGAUUUUUCGAUGGCGUCAAAUUUACAUAUAAGAAAGGCAUGGCCCCGAAUAAGAUGCUCACCACAAGCUGGAUUUUAAGUCACAUUUAUCCGUCAGGAUUUCGAAUUGGUGGAGUCUACCAUUGUAAGAUGUAUGGUAAUAUUUUGGAAACACCAAUAAUUGAAGCCGAUAUAAAUCCCAGUACACUAUCGUCAAAUUUUUCAGUUCUCUAUUAUCCAUUCCCGAGCUUAAGGUUGGAGACAAAGUUUCAGCGUCUAGAGAAAAGUAAAAUAUGCGAAAAUACUGUUACAAUCGAACAUAUUGGACGAUCUGCAACACUAACUUUAAAUGCGUACAAUGCUGACACGAAAUCAGGAAGAGUGACAUUGUCCUAUUUGCGAAGUAUUACGAACAUGUUCAGUGCUGGAACAGAACUUUUGGUGGAAUGGUUUCGUAGCGACCUAAUUGCAAAAACUGCAUUCGCAGCAAAAUAUGGAGGGGAACGUUUUGUUUUGGCUGCUACUGUUUCUCCCGAAGCACUGGACGUUAGCUACUGGCGUCAAAUUCACCAGACGAUUCAACUUGGCUCCUCAUUAGCAUUCAAUCACAGGACACAAAAGGCCAUCGGAUCGAUUUACUAUCAAUGGGAAUUCAAAGACGCCUUUGUGCGAGGAAUGGUAGACUCUGACUGGUCGGCUGGAUUCAUGUACAGCAGAAAUUUGGCACUGCUUCCCUGUACGCUCGGGUUAAGUUUAUUGUUUUGCAUACCAAACAACCGAUUUGCAUUCGGGCUUACUUUGGACUUAGACCCGGGUUUAUCCUGUACUUAACAGGGUCGGGGACACCAACGGUGGCAAACCACUCCUCUAUGCGUAUUUGUUCAGUGUGAGACAAAGUGUUGAAGGUUGCAUCUAGGCUGAAGUUAAGUUAUAAUGAUAACGACAUAUUUUUUAUUCAUGCAGUCGUCAAUUUGAUGAUGGUGCGAAAAGCGCAUCUGAUUGCCGGCUAUUGUCGAUGUGUUAUAAAUAAUUUUGAGUGACGAAAAAAAGUAAAUUAUAGAGAAUAUAAAUUGAGAGUAAAUUCAAGUGAG